CGGCGCGCUGCUGGAAGAACCCACCACAUGGCCACAUGUCGCAGUCCGUAGGCGUGCAGGGCCCAGAGGGCGUUCCGGUCUCGCGUGGAUCCAACGACCCGUGCUGCCUCGGACAUCGGGUGCACGGCAGCGGCGGCGGCACCACAUUAUUGCACUCUCGAGCCAUGGCUACGGUCGCCACCACUCCGCGCGCGCUCCCCAUUAAUACUCCCACCGGAAAAGGAGACGAGGGACGAGAGGCCACCCCCCGUCCCGAGUGCCCGACCCGACCUCCACCCUCCGCUUAGACCCCAGCUGGAAUCAUAGGCAGGUAGCUAGCUAGCUAGCUCCCCUCCAUGGGCCCGAGCACGAGCAAUGGCCGGCGGCGGCUCCUGGUCCUCGCCGCGCUCGCGCUGGCCGGCGCGGCCGCGGACACCGUGGCGGCGCAGCAGGGCCCGCCGACGGGGCCGGGGCCCAGCUACUUCGACCCCAAGAGCUUCAACCCGUCCAUGGCGAUCGUCAUGGUGGUGCUCAUCACGGCCUUCUUCCUGCUCGGCUUCUUCUCCAUCUACCUGCGCCGCUGCGCGGGGCCCCCGCUGGGCGGGCCCGGCGAGUUCCACGCCCCCGCGGGCGGGCGCCGCCCCGGGAUCGCGUUCGCAUCGCGCUCCAGGAGGGCGCGCGGGCUGGACCGCGCCGUGCUCGAGUCGUUCCCGACCAUGGCCUACGCCGACGUCAGGGCGCACCGGGCCGGGAAGGGCUAGCUCGAGUGCGCCGUCUGCCUCAGCGAGUUCGACGACGACGAGACGCUCCGGCUCCUGCCCCGGUGCGCCCACGCGUUCCACGCCGACUGCAUCGACGCCUGGCUCGCGUCGCACGUCACCUGCCCCGUCUGCCGCGCCGUCCUCGCCCCAGACUGCGAGGCCCCGGCGCCACCGUUGGCGCCGGCCGGCGUCGUGCCCGCCGUGGAGCAAGGCGCCCCUGCCGUGCCGGUGCCGCAGCAGCCGGCGCCAGAACCAGCCACGGCGCCGGCGGAGCAGGCUGUGGUCGUCGCCGUCGACGCCGAGGAGACGGAGGAGGAGAGGAUCAGGAGGGAGGAAGCCGCCGAGCUGAUGCGGAUCGGCAGCGUCAAGCGCGCGCUGCGCAGCAAGUCGGGGCGGCGGCCCGCGCAGUUCCCGCGCUCGCACACCACGGGGCACUCGCUCGCCGCGCCCGCCGCCGCCGGGUCCUCCGAGCGGUACACGCUGCGGUUGCCUGAGCACGUGCUCCGGGAGGUCGUCGCGGCGGGCAACCUCCGGCGGUCGGCGAGCGUCCAGACGGGCGGUGACGGGAGCGCGCGGCGCGGCUUCCUCGGCGCCCGCGCCGGGAGGAGUGUCCGGCUCGGCAGCUCCGGCCGGUGGCCCAACAUGUCGAUGCUGGCGCGCACCUUCUCCGCGAGGCUGCCGGCGUGGGGCUCCGUGAGGCGCGGCGAGGCUGACGCGCCGGCCAAGAUCGCCGACGACAGCAAGGCCGUGGAGCAGUGCGACGGCGGGGCCGGGGCAUGCCCACUUGGCGCCCAUGUUUGACGUGGCUUUUCUAGAGUUAGGUCCAAGUGCUCAGAGUACAGUAUCCCAGUAAAAAGUUUAGGAACGUGUCCUUGUCGUCGCCGUCACUCUUUCUUUGGCGGCAAAUCAUCGUGGGUGAUAGGGUGUGUAACUGUGUAUAUAACUUUAACUGUCGGUUAAAAAAAAACAGAUUCUGCA